AUGCUUGCGUUUAAAAAUAUUAGCGCAAUUUUACCAACACGUCUUCCUUCAAGGCUCUUUAUUAUAAGACAAAGCUCUGCUUUCCGUCUGAUUUUAAAGAACGGAGAUCUUGCCAAACACCUAAUCGCACCAGCGGCUGAACCGCUGCAAGUCCGUCUGUCAGCGUGUGCAGGAUGUGGACUCUUUUCUAGUAAACCCUCUGUGAGGUUCCUCUCCCAGAAAACAUCCAGUGAUAAAAAGGCAGAAGGAUCGUCUGUGUUUCAAGAGCUGGUUGAGUCCCGCGAGCAACCACAGACACAGCUGACGGUGGGAGCAAAAGGUAAAAUAAGUGUAUAGUAAUUGGAUAAUUUCCGUACUAUUUCCGGUAGCCUUGCGCCGCAUGCGAACUUAAUCUCUGGGAAAGACCGACUGCGAGCUCCAGCUCCGAAAUCUUUGUUCUGACCCCCAGCUGUGGACCAAGAUUUGCGCAUGCAGCAUGGUUGGCUAAAAAUGACAUUUUUCUAUUUUGGGGUUGGGGGGUGGGGAGGGGGGGGGGGGUGUGAAGGGAAAUUCAAAGUGCACCCUUAGUUAUUAGUUGUGUCUGUUGGGGGACCAGAACAAUGAUCUUGGUGCUGCUUCGCAGAUGUUACCAACCUCGGGUUAGAUUAUGCCUGUCACGCAAGCUACGUUUGCGAACAUACGGUUGGCGUUAAAGUUUUGGUCAGUCUCACUUGCUUAAAGCUGUACGCAUCUAGUGUAGUGACUUUACCAAUGUCUUGAGUAACAUCAGCUAUUGUGAGAAUAUGUUAGAGGACCUUGAAUAACUAUAACAGAAAUCCAAAAGCCCCGUCAUUGGAUACCGCAACAUUGAAUCACAUUGUAGAUUAAACCUGCUACACUGCAGGUCUAGAUAAUAAUUCUAUAUCCCACAUGAAAAUUAAAUUACCAAAAUACUGCUUGAAAAAUACCUCAAUACUGCAAACCCUGAUGUCCCCCUCAGAAAAGGUAUUUCCUUUUGAAAGUUUUACAUGUGUAUGUGUGUUUCCUUUUUGGUCUGAAAUCUCAAAAUCAGCAUCAUCAAAGGAUGUGGAAAAAGAAUAUGCCAUAUCAAACUUGAAUUAGCAAUAAUUUACCCUAGUUGCUACUUCCCCACAACACAUGUGUACAUCACAAUGCCUUUAACAGUUUGGAUGGUUAUCCUGUGCUCUUGCUUUCACCUGGUGAACUUUUAUGAUGUCGUGCUUUUGUAUCCCUACAUGCAGAUGAUAAGAGAUGAACAUUCUUCAAUAACAAUGCAUUAGAAUCCUGACUUUUUCAACCACCUUUGGAAAACCAAAUUGUUUUGAAUUAUCGGAAGGUUUAAAAAAUAUUUAAAAAGUGAGGGCUCGAUAAAUCAGGAAUCUACUGUAUUUAAACUAACUAUGAGGCUGGGCAUGUUAUGGAGGAAUGUUACUUUUUUCAUUUGAGGAUGUAAAUGUUUGGCUAUCCUAGAUGCAAUCUUCAAAGUGCUAUAUAUUGUCCGUAUUUUUAAAAAUUGCACCCAUUUGUCCUCCUAUUUUCAUCAUAAUCUCAAUUAUUUUGAUUAAUACUCUGAUUCCAGUUGUUCAAGCUGGAAAAGAUGUAAGCUACUUUGGUAUUAUUCUUAUUGGCUUUGCAAUUACUGGUAAGUUCUCAAUUUAUUUUUUUUUAUACUGCAAUUUUCAGUGUUUGGUUUGUAAAAAUUAACCAGUAGAACUCAAUUAAACCAAAGCUAUUGACUUGAUUUAAAAUUACAUUCAAUUUGCAUCUCUACUGGCCAUCUUAACAUGUAACAAUACCCCAAAAUUAAUGAUAAUAAAUAACAAUUACUCACUGAAGUGGAGGUGGCUAGUGGUAGAAAUUUACCAAGCCAUGAAGCAUAUACUAUAAACAGUGAGAUGAUUAAACACAAAAAUGAUGAUUUUUAACUCAUUUAUUGCUGGCAAAAUUACAAUGGGCAAUUGGCCAAACGGCUAUUAAACACGCUUUCUUGCCAGCAAAUAAAACUUUUGAAAGCAUUUGUUUACCUCUUGUGGGGCCAUUUCUUCAAAAGAAGUUGUUAAUCUUUCUGUAUUUGAAACUAUUCUAUAAAAAACCAUUUUAAUUUACUUGUAAGCUUAUUUAUUAACAUGUGAGCAAAAUAAAGUAGCUAAGGACUAAAUCUGCAUUUAAAAACAAAAAACUUUUUCAGUAAAUUUUGGAUUCAUUGAUUAAUGAAGGUUAAAGCGACUAAGUUUUACCAGUAAAACCUGCAAACCAAAUUUUGUCACCCUCUUUUUGUUUUCAUGAACAGCUUCUUACAGUUUAUAGUAAAAUUGAUUUUACUUAAGUAAACCAGGAAGCCAUGCAUUUUGCUUAUAACUUAUGCGAGUUUAGCAUCACUCCAACGUGAAAGCACUGUAUAUCCCAAGUUUGAGUAGCCAAUUGAUAAGAGCAUGUGAAAAACACUAUCCAGUGGUUUAGUAUAUACUAAUUAUUAUUGCACAAAAUGUUUUGUAACCUGGCUGACCCAAAACACUUAAGUCACACAAGUAAUCAAAGUGACCCUAGUCACCCAACUCAUGCUACUCACCAUAGUCAACCAAGUCACCCAAGUCACCCUAGCCAGCCCAAGUCACCCUAGUCACUUAAGUCACCCCAGUCACCCUAGUCACCUAAGGCACCCUAGCCAUCCACCGUCCACCAUUCACCGUCCUUUCCUUGUAAGUAGCUAAGCGAAUUCAAGCAUAAAAUUAAUGUAACCUAAGCUAUUUUUAUGUUUGUUUCGUCAAGUUGUAAUAUGUAUACGUUUUGUGUGAUGUAAAUUUAGCUCAAAUUAUAAAGUAAAUAAAUAAAUAAAAAAAGUCACCCUAGUCACUUAAGUCACCCUAGUCACCCAAGUCACCAUAGUCACGCAAGUCACUCUAGUCACCCUAGUCACCCAAGUCACCCUAGUCACCCAAGUCACCAUAGUCACUCAAGUCACCCUAGUCACUCAAGUCACCCUAGUCACCCAAGUCACUUUAGCCACUCAAGUCACACUAAUCACCCAAGUCACCCGAGACACCUGAGUCACCCAAGUCACUUAAGUCACUCUAAUCAUCCUAGUCACUCAAGUCACCCUUUUCACCUAAGUCACCCAAGUCACCAUAGUCACCCUACUCACCCAAGUCACCCUACUCACCCAAGUCACCCAAGUCACCCUACUCACCCUACUCACCCUAGUCACCCAAGUCACCCUAGUCACCCAAGUCACCAUAGUCACCCAUGUUACCUUACUGACCCAAGUUACCCACAUUGGCCAUGUCACCCAAGUGACCUAAAUUCCAAGAGUCACCCAAGUUACUCAACUCACCCAACUGACCAUUAAUGAAUAUACAAUAUUUUUCAAAAACCCUUCCCAGAAUUAAGAUUCGUGAUGGCAGGAGCCCAUCAAAUGGAGCCUCCAUCUCCAUUAAUUUCUUGAGUCAACCCUUUCCCAAGUAGAUUUAUAAAGAGAACGGCUUGUUUCCCGCGAAAAGUGUCAUUUCCGUGAGUCUCGUAUGUCACUGUGAAAAAAAUUAAGUUGGAUGAAGUGGAACUCAAAAGCCUGUCUUUCGACCGUUUUCCUUUUUUACUAUACGUCCAUUUUUACAGUUUUACAGCUGCUGGGAUCUGGGAUGAAAUAAAAGUUAAUGAAUUACCCGACUGAGACUGAGCAUGAAGCGAUGGGACAAAGGCAGCGAACUGAGGAUCACGGAAAGGUUCUUUGCGAGUGUUUGUUUUUGUUUUUUGUUUUUUGCCGUCAUACAUCCCACAUUUAAGCAUGCACCUUGAAAAGAGUCGACGAUUAAGCAUUCCGUGGACGAUUUGAAACUCUUCGAUGAUCAGGGCUGAAAAAGUGCCAGGAUCAUUUGAUUUUUGUUAUCGCCGUGGAGUGGAUUUCGCCAGUUAAGCACCGUGUGCAAAAGCGAUGACCUAAGUAGCAACCAAGGAGGAAUGCUUCAGAAAAAUUGCAGUCUUCCUUUACAACUUACUUGUAUCACCAUGAGAGUUGCCUGAUAAAACUGGCACUUGAAAAGUUGAACAGAAGACAACAGUUGCUCGACCGUGAAGCUAACUCAAAAGUAAUUUGCUAACGGUGGAAUUUGUGACAUCGUGCUCCAGUCCAAAGACCCUCUUAUCUCAAGAAAAACAAAAUGGAUUGUAUCUGCACCCAAAGAAUUAUGACUGACUAACAGGAGAAUUCUCAGCAAUUAAUGUAGAAGUUUAGGCCAAUUCUUUCCUUCGAAUUUGCAUCUGUAGAUCACUUUUUUGCGAGAAAACAAUGGCUGGGCUCGGUGUUACAAAACAUAGCAGGGAAUCAUCACGCUAACUGACGGACAAAACAACCACAGUAUAGUAUUUAUUCAGACAAACGCAUUUCGGAGAAAAACUUGAAAAACUACAAAUUUGAUUAAUAUAGAGUCAUUUAGCCGAAAUAAGAACCUUAACGCUAAAAAAAAUUGGCUAAAGAAAACGAAUCCUGUCAGAACUACAGGCUGCAGGUAGUAGUUAAUCAUUACGCAAGUAACAGACCAGCUUCAUGGCCUCUUUUAAAUGUGAGACAAGCAACCAAAAUUAAGAUUAACAUAGUCAGAGUUUAAAAGUCUCCACAGUAUAAUCUACCCACUAGAAAGAAAAGAAAGAAAAUCUCUGAGGGAUGAAAAUGCUAAAGUCACGUUUCACUAGCUUAUGAUUUUGUUUGGCCUGUCAGCACCGGGUUUCCAGCUGUUUCAUGAAGUACAAUAGCAGUGUCAUUUAGUCGUUGUGAUUGGCUCUUCCCACCGUCGGCGCGAAGUCUCCCCUGGGAACUGUUCUUAUUAUAAAUCUACUCGGGAAAGGGUUGACUCCAAGGGCUUGUAUGGGAGAUGGAGGCUCCAUUUGAUGGGCUCCUGGUGAUGGUUAUAUUUUGUCCAAUAUUGUUUUACCACUGGCUUUUCUUAAAACAUAGGCACGUUAAACGUGCAUGAGCUAUUUUGAAUGCUUCAGUGUAACCUUACCAAGAAUGAUGAAUCUACCUUUUUCGUCCUAAAUGUAGACUGGGUUUUUGUGCAAAAUUGGGUAUUGCCGUACAUAAAUGAAAACGCGAAACGCUCAGCUGCGUCGAUCCUCAUGCUAUAUAUUCACUUUCCUCUGUCUUUCCCUGUUACAUCUGGUGCAAGGUCAACAAAUUAGUAAAGUAAAAUAAAUAUCUACUCACCAAACGUUGAUUAGAAGGAAAACUCUAAGGUUUCCUCGGAGUUUCGUAAGCCGAAAUUCGAGUCAAAUACCAGGAUUUUUAUCAUUGUGGUAGAUGGUUGCAUCAUCACAAUUCACGAGGUUUUCACGUGCGAUUCUACUCAGUGAAAAAGUCCUUAACUCCAACAACUUAUUUCUUCAUGUUUUAAAAGCUAUUGCUUCUUAAAAGAAAAGAGCCUUUUUUAAGGCAUUGGUUACAAAACGAAACAGGUCUUCGUACGUUCAAGUUACUAUUAUUAUUGUAAAAAGCCAAUCUGCAUGAGACGUACAGUCACACAACUGGCACGUGAAAGUGUUGGACUUUGCCCCCUUUCGUGGUUCGUACGUGAGGGAAUUCGAGUUAUCACACGUUAAUCUAGUAAACAGAAUUAUAAAAAUAACUCAUGUACACAAUUUGCACAUGAAGAUGUUGGCCUUUGGCCCUUUUACAAUUCGUACAUAAAAAAAAAACGCAAAUUGUUUACUACAAAAUUUUCUCAACGAUUUUAAGAAAUCACCUCGGCUUCAUUACAACAUCUGCAAUUAAAUUAUGUUUCAUGCAACGUCAAGGUUGAUAGCCUAACAUUUAUUAACUUUGUAAGCGAGAGAAUAAUAUUUUUAAAGCUUGUUUACAGGAUUAACAAUACUCGGUACAGCUUUUAAAAAAAUAAGCUGCCUUUCAAACUUGUAAAACCACAUUUUAUAUGCCGCAUACUUUCAAAUUAAAGUCCAUAUCUAAAUAUCAAUUAUUGCUUCACUGGAAGAGCUUUGAAAAUAUAUGAUCUUUUAUACUCUACCUUGAAGCAGGUGAAACACAACUCAUAAAUACGUGUGUCAGUACCGUUUGCGAUAGCCGAAUUCGGUCAGAAAUGUCUUGAAAUAGCAUCCACACUAAAAUAUGAACCCUUAAACACCUGCAUCACUGUACACAGCGUUUGAAUCAUGAAGAUGUUUAAUAUAAUGUUUUCAAACACCUGUAGCCGUAAUAUACGACGAAAAAAUUGUCAAGAAUCAAGAUGGCGGUCUCAAAGUGCCCUUGUUCGACCUUUAGAGCUCUUUAGUAAUGUCAUGUUUAAGUAGAUGCCAAGAUCUCAUUGGUUCCUAAGCAUCAACUCAUAGUACCUUCAAUCUUAUUGGCUCUUGCAACAAACAUCUGAACAUACAAAGUUACAAAGAUACAAAGUUACAAAGCCACAAAGAUACAUACGCUCACACCACUGACAUAUGAGCUAUUUUUUCAAAAUAGCUCAAAAAUCAAUUUCCUAACAAUUAAGAGGCAAUGUUUUCUCUUCUUUUUCUUAGGUGCACUGUUAUGGUUCUUAGUAAGUGAGUUAUUUUUGGGCUUCAGUCCCAACAGGGUUUAUGCACAUGCUUUGAAGAAGGUUAAAGCAAAUGCUGAGGUAAGCAUGAAGGCAGUCAUACAGUUACUCUCUUUCUUUUGGUAAAAGAGAGAAUCCAGGCAGCUGUACAUGAGCUAUAGAACACAAGCUAUUUUUGAUCCUUGCCAGUAUUAUAGGGACACCCAAUGACGGUUUCCUCCUAAAUACACUAAACAGUUUUUAGGCUGUCCAGAGUGCUUUUAGACCUUUACAAAUGAAAGCUUAGCGUCUCUGUAUCUGUUCAUCCUAGGGGAACUUAAGUCUUUUUCAAAAUUGCAAGGGCUGUGCAAGUAUUAUUUUCCCAAAAAUUGUAGAUGCAGUUUAGUGCAUUACGAAAAUGAAAAUUUUUUAAUCCAAAAUUUUUUCCUACAAAAUUAAUGGUCAAGCCUGGGGUGUGAAAUGUGAAAAAUUAAACUUCAGAAAAUUGUAGGGAAUUUAUUAUUACAAGCUUCGAAAAUUGUACCUGAAUGGAACGGUCAUCUAGAACUUUUAAGUUGUCGUCAAGAGAUAGAAAAUUCUAGGCAAUAUUUGCUUCUCCGAACAGAUAUUUUACAGAAAGCAGUCGUUGGGUGCCCCUGAGUAUUACUGCUUUCUGUUGGGAAUUAGGUAAAAUUACUAAAAGCACUCUCUUUUGUUAGCAUCAUUGCUCAUUAUUUCUAGCAAUAUUUCUCCUGGUUUUUAGGAAGAUUGCUCUUUAUUUGCUCUCAUUUUUGUUUCCUGUUGGUAAACUUCAUCUGUUAAGCAUUAUUUUUAUCCAGUGCUUCUCAGUGACAUUAUGGCCAUUAAUUUAAUGUUUCUUACUUUUGCAGGUUGUUGAAGCAAUUGGAGAACCAAUAAUGGGGCAUGGAGAAACAACAUCAAGAGGAAGAAGGAGGCAUGUUAGGUAGGGUACACUGUCAGCUACUAA